CUUCCAUGAGCCAAUCUUUAUUCAUGCCAAUCGACUGUUCGCUUCGUGCGAUUCAAUUUACGCACUGCACGAGUGUAUACGAGAUUAUUGCAUGUAGACUUCAUGAUUGUCAAAAUCGGUCGAGUUUCUUGUAAAGUUCAUGGUUCUUUCUCGACGGUAAAUUAGUUUUGGCAGCGAUAUCGCAUAUGCCAAAAUAACAAUUGGAAAGUUCGUAAUUCGUAGGCUGUGCAGUAUAGACCGAUGCAGUGAUACGUUCCGAUAAGAUAGUCAGAAAAUUGUAUGCAGUAAAAUGGCUGAGGCUCUGUACAGAUUGAACUAUUCGUUCAAAGGCUUGGUCGUGCCAGUGUUUACACCUUUUAACGACGAUGGCACAAAUUCAUUGAACUUGUCGGUGAUCCCAUACUACGCAGAGUACCUCAAGGUCAACAAUGUACGAGGAGUAUUGAUAAACGGCACGGUGGCCGAGGGACUGACCAUGACGGUCGAGGAGCGAAAGAUCUUGGCCGAAGCUUGGAUGGAAGAGUCGAAGAGGAACGGCUUCCACCUGAUCAUCCAAGUCGGCGGAGUCUGCCUGACGGAAGUUCGCAAGCUCGCGAUGCACGCCGAGUCGAUCGGUGCGGACGCGAUACUCUGCCUGCCGGACAUCUACUAUAGACCCAACUCGGUGACCGAGCUCGUCGAGUACCUGCGGGAGGUGAGCGCGAGCGCACCCAAGACGCCCCUGCUCUACUACCACGACAACGUCAUGCCCAAAGUCUCGACGAUUAACAUUGGCAAGUUCCUCGAGUCGGUGAACAAUCGCAUCCCCACCCUGGUCGGAGUCAAGUUCACCGUCUCCACCCACUUGGACGACGUGGCUCGAGCCGUCAAGGCCGCCGACGGACGUUUCACCUUAUUCUACGGAAGUAAUCAGAUCAUACCGUCCGUCAUUGCUUUGGGCGUCGAGGGCUACAUGGCCUACAUAUCAAACUUGUACCCGGAAGAGAUCCAGAGGAUCAUAAGCACGUCGCAGGGAGGCGACAUCAAAGUCGCCAGAACGACGCACAACAUGCUCAUGAAAGUCUUUGACGGCUUCAACGCAACAGGUUGCCCCAUAGCCGCGAUGAAGGCCGCCAUGCCGAUCCUCAAGGGCCUCGAUCUGGGCCCGUGUCGCAAGCCCCUGCCGUCGUUCUGCAAGGAGGAGCACCGGGAGCAACUGCGCCAGGCUCUGGCCGACCUGAAGAUUUGAAUGGCUCGAUGAUGUGCAACCUCGCAACCCGUUACCAAUGUCAAUCAUAUGUUCCCUCAGACUUCCGCCAAUGUACUAUGUAUUCCGUUGUCAAUACCACUGACGAAACAAUUAAAUGGCACAACAUAUGUAUGCAGCUUA